AGUAAUCGCUGUGCUGCUUGCGUUGUUUUGCUGUUUUUCCUUUAAGUUUUCCACCGUUUUCCACAGCAACAAGACGUAGUUACCGCUGCAAAAGCAAGCAAAUGAAAAUCUAUCGCGAAUUCUGUGCUUAGUCUCAUCCUAAAUUUCGACAAAUCUGGAGCUAGCAGUGAACCGAGUGAGGAAGAAAAAGAACAGUGCUCGCUGAUUACGGUGUAUGAUUUUUCAAUAAUUGGUUGGUUAUCAUCACACGCCUGCACCACAUUAUAUGCAUCGCUAGCGAGCUUCUUAUUCGAAUGUGCUUUUCCCACGGCUUUGACUUUGCACUUGCAGCCUAAUUAUAGCAAUCCUCCAGGCUCCGGUUUGACCAGAAGAGACCGAAAGUAAAGGUUUAAUUUGCAGAGUUUGUACUGCGUUUAGUAGUUUCCGAUGUCACGGCUCUUCAUGAAUACGACGUACUUGGACGAAGCGAACGGAAACACGCUGCUGGGUAACCCGGGGGUUGCAGCAGCAGCAUCAGCAGGGACGGCGCUGGUAACGGUGGAUCCGGUCGUAGCAGUAGGUAGUGAAACGCUAAUCAUUCAGUCCCCCUCGAACGAUGACCUCAGUCAAAGCCUUUCCGAGUAUACGGAUGCAGAUGAGAGCAUCUCCGCACCUACUGAGCUGCUGGCUGAGUUUCUGUCGGCGGUGAUGUUGCGGGAUUACGUCAAUGCCCUUAAAUAUUGCAAAUUAAUACUACAUUAUGAGCCAAACAACAGUACGGCCAGAGAUUUCUACCCACAUAUCCUGUCGAAAAUCGCAUCGGAGGCCAACAUUGACCAACAGUCGGGGGAGAGCGAUGAGAACUAUAAUUUCAACUACAGCACAUCCUCCUCCAACUCGGAUGAUAUCAAUAUCGACGAUGUGGUGAUGGUGUGUAGCAGUGACAGUGAGCAAUCCUCGAACUGUAGUUCGUAUUUGGAUUAUUCGAACACCGGUAGCAGUGAAAGCGAUUUGGACGAGAAAGCGCUCAACCACAUCAAUUGCAACAGCACCGAAUCCGACCAGCUGCCACCAUCACAGUCCGCCACGGAUAACAACACUUCGCAUUCGUAUUCUAGCCUUCUGCUGGAGGAGGAAGAGAAGGAUCUCACGCUGUCCGACAUCUCCAACUUGAACAUCGAGGACGAUGAGAAUGCGGAUGACUCUGGCGAUGGACAAACGACAUCUCAGUGCUCCUUCAAAGCAGACAGUCAGUCGCUAGCUCAAACAUCUAACUCUAUAUACCAGCAGCAAGCAAAUCAUCUCCAGCAACAACCGAAGAAGCAAGUACAAGCCCAACCCAGCACACCACUCGCAUCGAAGCUGGUGGCAAUGCUGCGCGCCAAGGUAAUACCUUCGAAAACAGCUAAUAAUGAUUAGAGCCACCAUCACCAUCCCUUGCUUGCGCUUCAUUUCGGCGCGAACUGCGUUUGUAGCACUACAAAACACUAGGCCUUGCUUGAACCAACCCAGAGGAAAACUUCCGACGAUCGUCGUUUCUUUAAAAAUCUUCAACACUGUUGUUAUCGGUGGCACUGAGCCCCGUACCCAUCGGAGGUUAUUUUGUAGUACUUUGAAAAGAUAAUCAUCGAGAGACCAACUUCUUACGGAGAUAUAGCGAAACAAUUUUAGGUGCAUUUACAGGAAUUAUAGUCUGCGUGAGUGAAUAGUGAAUAAAUAAAAAAAUGACUGAACCUUUUUGUUUCUUGAGAGAGGAUUGAAGAUGACAAAGCAUGGUGAACAACAUCAAUGUAACACUCCUAUCCAAAGUAUUAGUGUGAGGAAAGGCAGCGCAUGAACGACCUACAAAUUUAUAUAUUACACAGAGUAAGAGAGUGAAAUUGGUAGAAUGAGAAAUUUGUAAUAAUUUUGUAGGUAGGACUGUUAGGAAUUUAAUAUUGAUUCAUUUGAUUUUGGUCGCACAUAUCUAGAACAACUGGUUCCUUAUAAUUACGUAUAGAAGAAUGACGAACGCCUUGGAUUUGGGGGAUUUGAACGUUCCGCACUAGAGAACAGACGCGAUGUGGGAGAUCAGACUAUCUUGUGCUACGAAUCGGACAUUUCAGAAUUGAUCUCACGGAGAAUCACAAACAUAACAAAAGUGCAAACAAAAUUAAGUGCGAUUGUUCAACUGUAUUACCAUAAUUAUUAUACUUGACCUAAUAUUGAAAUGUUCCCAGAUGUAAUCUGAAAGUGUGUGUAUGUAUAAGGUGUAAUAAAACAGAACUGCAUGCAACCAGAA